AAUGCCCGAUUUUUAAUUAGUUGAAACCCAUAUAACCGCCACUCAUCUCAUCUUCAGUAGCUCCUUUCCCCUUAUCCAUCGCUGCUUUCUUCUUCGCCGAGGGGCCUCAUCUCCACCCGCCGCUGCUCCCUUCCCCUCCACGAAGUCUAAAGCUUCAUCAGAUAAAUGGCAACGAAGCUACUUAUAUCUCCUCUCUCUCAUCGUUGCACAAUUUCAACCCAAGACCAACAGCACAUUCACUCAUGGCCUGGAAGUGUCCGAGUGCCAACAAAGCAGAGGAGCCUUGCAGUUCAACUAUCUACCUCUGUGGGCGAUACUUUGUUGUCGUCUUCAGAUUUUGUGGAGCAUCUACCUCAGCAUACACAGUCUCUCUUUCUGCUUGCAGAAAGUACUGGCUACUCACUGGCUAGUUAUUAUACUUCUCUGGGUCUCUUUGUCAUCUCCGUUCCCGGUCUUUGGUCCCUCAUCAAACGUUCAGUAAAAUCCAAGGUUGUCAAGAAGACACUCGUAGGAGAAGGGGAGGGAAAGAAGGCACCUAAUCAGGUUGCAGGAGAAAUACUAUCAUUCUUUACUCGCAACAAUUUUGUAGUGUCAGAUAGAGGAGAGACAAUUGUAUUCGAAGGGGUGAUGGUGCCAAGUCGAGGUCAAGCAGCAUUGCUCACUUUCUGUACAUGUAUAAGUCUUGCCAGUGUAGCACUUGUUCUCACAAUAACUUAUCCAGACAUCGGAAACAACUGGUUCUGGCUAACCAUAUUGAGUCCAUUAGCGGGAGUUUAUUAUUGGACGAAAGCGUCUAGGAAGGAGCAGAUCCAGGUUAAAGUAUUGGUGGGCGAUGACGAGAACCUAUCGGAGAUCAUCGUCCAAGGCGACGAUCAGCAAGUGGAGCAGAUGAGAAAGGAGCUUCAGCUGAGUGAGAAGGGUAUGGUGUAUGUGAAGGGCCUCUUUGAAAGAUAAAAUCAAUGGAAAAUGUGAAUGAUGUGUUAAGUCCUCAAGCAGCAAAGCAAUGUAUGUGGAGUCAUAUAUAUAGUGAAGUCAAGAGAAUACGCUUUUUCGACGUGAAUUUUAGCGGCAAUUAUCCCUAAA